AAAAAAAAAAGUGGUCCAAAAGAUUGUCAUGAAAGCCAACUCUCAUUGAAUUUUAAAUCUGAUGGGUCCCACACACCUCCCUCCGCCGCUCCAUCAUUCCGCGCCACCUGCAUUUUCUCUCUCGAAUUAGGGCGGGAAAAACUUCAAAAACCCAAAAAACAAAAAACAGAAAAAAAAUCACAAAAAUUUAGAGGGAAAUCCCUUCAAACCCUACCAUUAUAUAACUGGUUUGCAUAGAUAAUCCCCUUAUCCACUCAUAGGAAAACACAUAUAUCUCCACAAACAUUUCGAUCGGUCGCCACUGGAGUUGCAGAUCAUCUGUUCGACGAAAUUCCUCUGAAAGAUGUAUGUGGUGAAGAGGGACGGGCGGCAGGAGGCUGUCCACUUCGACAAGAUAACGGCGAGGCUGAAAAAGCUCAGCUACGGGCUGAGCAGCGAGCACUGCGACCCGGUGCUGGUGUCCCAGAAAGUCUGCGCGGGGGUGUACAAGGGCGUCACCACCAGCCAGCUUGACGAGCUCGCCGCCGAGACCGCAGCUGCCAUGACCGCGAAUCACCCUGAUUAUGCUUCCUUGGCUGCAAGGAUUGCUGUCUCAAAUCUUCACAAGAACACAAAGAAAUCAUUUUCUGAAACAAUCAAAGACAUGUACAAUCAUAUCAGUGAUAGAGCAGGGCUGCCUGCUCCUUUAGUUGCAGAUGAUAUCUAUGAGAUAAUAAUGAAGAAUUCAGCUCGUCUGGACAGUGAAAUCAUAUAUGACAGAGACUUUGACUAUGAUUACUUUGGUUUCAAAACCCUCGAAAGGUCUUACCUCUUAAAAAUCCAGGGGAAGGUUGUUGAGAGGCCUCAGCACAUGUUAAUGAGGGUUGCUGUUGGUAUCCACAAGGAUGAUAUUGAUUCAGUUAUAAGAACAUAUCAUUUGUUGUCUCAGAGAUGGUUCACUCAUGCAUCCCCUACCCUUUUUAAUGCUGGAACACCCAGACCACAGUUGAGCAGCUGUUUCUUGGUAUGCAUGAAAGAUGAUAGUAUUGAAGGCAUAUAUGAUACACUCAAGGAGUGUGCUGUUAUCAGCAAAUCUGCUGGAGGAAUUGGCGUAUCUGUGCAUAAUAUCCGUGCUACUGGAAGUUAUAUACGUGGAACAAAUGGAACAUCCAAUGGCAUUGUUCCAAUGGUUCGAGUGUUCAAUGACACAGCUCGAUAUGUGGAUCAGGGUGGUGGAAAGAGGAAAGGUGCUUUUGCUGUGUAUCUAGAGCCAUGGCAUGCCGAUGUUUUUGAUUUUCUUGAUUUGAGGAAGAACCAUGGAAAGGAAGAGCACCGUGCGAGAGAUUUGUUUUAUGCACUCUGGGUGCCUGAUCUAUUUAUGCAAAGAGUUCAAACUAAUGGACAAUGGUCAUUGUUUUGUCCUAAUGAGUCUCCUGGCUUAGCUGAUUGUUGGGGUGAUGAAUUUGAAGCUUUAUACACUAAGUAUGAGAGAGAGGGAAAAGCAAAAAAGGUAGUCCAGGCACAGAAUCUAUGGUUUGAAAUCUUGAAGUCCCAAAUUGAAACUGGAACUCCUUAUAUGCUGUACAAGGACACUUGCAACAGAAAAAGUAACCAGCAGAAUCUGGGUACCAUAAAGUCCUCUAACUUGUGUACUGAGAUCAUUGAGUACACAAGUCCUACUGAAACUGCUGUCUGCAAUUUGGCAUCUAUUGCUCUGCCAAGAUAUGUUAAAGAAAAGGGUGUACCUACAGAAGCACAGCCAACAAAACUUGUUGGCAGCAUAGGCUCUAAAAACCGAUAUUUUGAUUUUGACAAGCUGGCUGAGGUCACUGCAAUAGUUACUACAAACCUUAACAAGAUAAUAGAUGUUAACUACUAUCCAGUUGAGACUGCAAAAAGGUCAAAUAUGCGCCACAGGCCAAUUGGAAUUGGGGUGCAGGGUCUUGCUGACACUUUUAUCUUGCUUGGGAUGGCAUUUGAUUCGCCUGAGGCUCAGCAGUUGAAUAAGGAUAUAUUUGAGACCAUAUAUUACCAUGCACUAAAGGCAUCAUGUGAGCUAGCUGUUAAAGAAGGUCCAUAUGAGACUUAUAAUGGCAGUCCUGUUAGCAAGGGAAUUCUUCAGCCAGAUAUGUGGGGGGUAAAGCCUUCAGAUAGAUGGGAAUGGGACGCUCUUCGAGCUAUGAUAGCAAAUAAUGGAGUGAGAAAUUCUCUGCUUAUAGCACCAAUGCCAACUGCAUCAACAAGCCAAAUUCUUGGCAAUAACGAGUGCUUUGAGCCAUACACUUCCAAUAUUUACAGCCGCAGAGUUCUAAGUGGUGAGUUUGUUGUGGUGAACAAGCAUCUUUUAUAUGAUUUGACCGAAAUGGGUCUUUGGUCGCCUGCUCUCAAGAACAGGAUAAUUUACGAGGAUGGUUCUGUACAAAAGAUACCCGAUAUUCCUGAAGAGCUUAAAGGGAUUUACAAGACUGUUUGGGAAAUUAAACAAAAAGUGUUAGUUGACAUGGCCGUUGAUCGUGGAAGUUACAUUGACCAGAGUCAAAGCCUAAACAUCCACAUGGACCAACCCAAUUUCGGGAAGCUCACUUCCCUGCAUUUCCAUGCCUGGUCUAGAGGCUUGAAGACAGGUAUGUACUACCUUCGAUCACGAGCUGCAGCAGAUGCUAUUAAAUUCACAGUUGACACUACCAUGAUAAAGGACAAGCCUAAGGAAGUGGCUGAUGAUGACAAUUCCAAGAUGGCACAGAUGGUAUGCUCGUUGGCCAAUAGAGACGAGUGUUUGGCUUGUGGAAGUUAAAAAAUUUAGCAAUUCUACUAUGCUAUGACGGCUCAGUUGAAGGGGUUUGCUUUAGUUUGGUUAAACUUUCUGCUGGCUGAUUGUGUGUAGUUCACAAACCAUCUCUAACUAGUUUUUAACUGAUUUUUAUUUUAUUUUAUUUUUUUUCUGGUUUGUGGAAGAUUAUCACAACUUUGGAGAUGAUAUUUGUAUAUUAUAUGGAUGAUGUAAUGAGGUUAAGUUAGUCCUAUCCGGUGUUUGGUAUUCCAACUUUGGAACGAUUAUUUAACUACUUGUAAUGAGGUUUUGCACUUGCCUGUUUUUGU